AUGUUGAAGGCCUUAGUUACAGUUGUUGCUAUAUUGGCGAUUUUUGCAGCAACAAACAUGUUCAUAGUCUCUGUGCAUGCUCAACAAGGUGGUGGUGACUUGGGGGGCCCUAGGACAACAGUGAGUGUUGAAAAUUACAUUGGUCAUUCUGUUUCUGUACAUUGCUGGUCAUCGGAAGAUGAUGUUGGCGAACAUAACUUAGGCGAUGGACAAAAGUUUUCGUGGUCCUUCAAAGUUAACAUUUUUGGUACUACAAAGUUUGUUUGCACUCUGAAAUGGAACAACAUGGAAAAAACUGUAACAAUUUAUCAUGCUAAAAAGGAUAAGAGCCUGUGUGCAACGCAGUGCCUCCGAGAUAUUAGACCAGAUGGACUCUAUUUUUACCAUCAGUACGAUGUGUCUUGGGAGAAAAGAAUCGGAUGGUAA